AAUUGUAAACAUAAGGGAUAUGUAUUCACUUAGCAUUGACUUUUGGGAGGGGCCAAGGAAAAGCUGUAGUUUUAUUGAAUAGGGCUGUGUGUGAGGCUGCUGGUGUGCUUUUCUUGCUGUGCUCCUGCCCAAGCAGCCAGUUAUUCAUUUCCUUCCUACUAGUUGAAAACUUUUCAGCCAGAGUGCCUGUGAUAACUGUUUGGUUACUCAAAGAAUCCCUUGGGAGCUGAAGAAGCAGCAUCUUCCAGGCUCAGGGGCAAUAUAACUGGUGAGUGAUCACCUUUAUUUUCUGGAGUCAUCUCUGGAUUCUUCAGUAGCUGGUUUGUUACUGAAAAGCUUGGGAUAUUUCCUCUGAUUGCCUUCCUAUUUGGAUCAUCCUAGAGCUCUGAACACUUGAGCACCCACCAUGGAUGACUUUGAACGCCGCAGAGAACUCAGGAGGCAAAAGCGUGAGGAAAUGCGCCUUGAAGCAGAGAGGCUGUCCUACCAGAGAAAUGAUGAUGAUGAUGAAGAAGCCGCCAGGGAACGUCGCCGACGGGCUCGACAGGAGAGACUGCGGCAAAAGGAAGAGGGAGAUCUAUCCGGAGAUGUAACGGAGAAAUCGGAAGUUAAUGCCCAAAACAGUGUGGCAGAUGAGGAUACCAAGAGUACUACAACCACAAGGGGAGCAGAUGAUGAAGCUGCAUUGUUGGAGAGACUGGCAAGACGUGAGGAGAGACGUCAAAAGCGCCUUCAGGAAGCCCUGGAACGUCAAAAGGAAUUUGAUCCCACAAUCACAGAUGGGAGCUUGUCACUGUCCAGCAGGAGAGAAGUAAACAAUGUGGAAGAAAACGAGAUCACAGGAAAAGAGGAAAAAGCUGAAACACGCCGUGGACGCUAUGAGAUUGAGGAAACAGAAACAGUUACCACAUCACACCAAAGGAACAACUGGAGGGAAGAUGGGGAAGGCGAAGAAAAAAAAGAAGGAAAAGACAAGGAAGAGGUACAAGAGGAGAAACCAAAGGAGGCCCCUGUAGAGGAAAAUCAGGUAGAUGUGACAGCAGAAAAAUCCACAGACAAGGAAGAGGUAGCAGAAACAAAAAGUCUAGCUAUAAAUGCAGAGGAACACAAAGCAGAGAAUGAUACAAAUGCUGCACCAGAAGUGGAGCAGAGUAUAAGUGAUACUGUAGAUAAAGAGAAGCUUAGGGAUGAGGAAAAGGCUGAGGAAGAAAGGAAGAAAGCAGAAGAAAGGGAAAAACUUGAGGCAGAAGAAAGAGAGAGGUUAAAAGCAGAGGAGGAAAAGAAGGCAGCUGAGGAAAGGGCUAAGGCAGAAGAGGAGGAGAGGGCUAAAGCAGAAGAGGAGAAGAGGGCAGCUGAGGAGAGGGCUAAAGCAGAAGAGGAAAAGAGAGCAGCUGAGGAGAGGGCUAAAGCAGAAGAGGAAAAGAGGGCAGCUGAGGAGAGGGCUAAAGCAGAAGAGGAGAAGAGGGCAGCUGAGGAAAGAGAGAGGGCUAAGGCAGAAGAGGAAAAGAGGGCAGCUGAAGAAAAGGCUAGGCUAGAAGCAGAGAAAUUAAAUGAAAAACAAAAGUUGGAAGAAAAGAAAAUAGAAGAUAAACAGGUAAAAGAGAAGAAAGCACAAGAGGAAAAAGCUCAAGCAGCUUUGAUAAGAAAACAGGGGGAAGAAAAAGAGGUUAAAGUGGAAGAUAAAAAGGAAAAGUUGCCAGAUGAGAAGCUCCAACCUACCUCCAAAACAGAUCAGGUAAAAGAUGACCAGGAUAAAGGAAAAGCACCCAAAGAAGAAACGAAAAGCAUCUGGGAUCGUAAGAAGGGAGUUCCUGAACAAAAGGCACAGAAUGGAGAACGUGAACUCACUGCCCCAAAACUUAAAUCUACUGAGAAUGCUUUUGGACGUUCCAAUUUGAAAGGGACCCCAAAUGCCGAGGAAGCAAAGGGCUCUCAGGCUGAGGUUGCAAAGCGGCUAGAAGAUCAGCGCCGUCGCCGAGGCGAGAGCGAUGAGCUUGAGAAGCUGAAGGAGAAGCAGCAGGAGGCAGCAGCAGAGCUGGAUGAACUGAAGAAAAGGAGGGAGGAGCGCCGGAAAAUCCUGGAGGAAGAGGAGCAGAAAAAGAAGCAGGAGGAGGCCGAGAGGAAAGUCAGAGAGGAGGAGGAAAAGAAGAGGAUGAAGGAAGAAAUUGAAAGGAGAAGGGCUGAAGCUGCUGAGAAACGUCAAAAAAUGCCAGAAGAUGGUGUAUCUGAAGACAAGAAGCCAUUUAAAUGUUUCAGUCCUAAAGGUUCAUCUCUCAAGAUAGAGGAGCGAGCAGAGUUUUUGAACAAAUCCGCUCAGAAGAGUGGUAUGAAACCCACCCAUACAACUGCAGUUGUCUCAAAAAUCGACAGUAGGCUUGAGCAAUACACUAGUGCAAUUGAGGGCACAAAGGCUGCAAGACCAGCUAAGGCAGCAGCUUCUGACCUUCCAGUUCCAGCUGAGGGUGUCCGUAAUAUCAAGAGCAUGUGGGAGAAAGGGAAUGUUUUUUCAUCACCCUCUGGAACAGGAACACCAAAUAAGGAAACUGCUGGACUGAAGGUUGGUGUCUCCAGUCGUAUCAAUGAGUGGCUAACCAAGACCCCCGAGAGCAACAAAUCACCUGCUCCAAAACCUUCUGAUUUAAAGGCAGGAGAUGUGUCCGGCAAACGUAAUCUCUGGGAGAAGCAGUCAGUUGAAAAGCCAGCUCCUUCUUCUAAGGUAUCGGCUAUGGGGAAAAAAUCAGAGACUAAUGCAGGUUUGAGACAAUUUGAGAAAGAACCGUAGAAGGCCACUAAAGAUGCUGGACCAAUCAGCUGGGGAAAAAAAAAAAGAAAAAGUGCUAAAUUGUUCUUUUUAUAUUUAUGUUUAUUUACCAAAAUGUCUUUUUGCAUUAUCCCAGUUAAAACCAUGUAUAUUAGCACUGUAUUUAAUAAUCAGUCUAGACAUUCAUCAUAAUAGUACUGCCUUUGCACAAGAGCCUUUAUUCCUAAAGAUCUUUAUUCCUAAAGAAACCCAUGCUGUGAAAUAUAUAGACUCUCCUACUGAUAGUCAUAACUAUGUAUCUGAACAGUGAUUUCAACUGGCAAAAGAAGUCAGCCCAAAAUGUGUGUGAAGUUGCUUAAGAAAGGUGUGCAGUAAACCUAUAAAAACAACGGUUACUUUUGUAAUACAGAAGUCUUUUCUUUCUGCACUUUAGACUAAGGCAUGGAAGAAGUAUCUUUAGUUGACAAUGUAAUAUUUUCUGUAAGUUGCCCAUGUCAUGAGAAAUACUGCAUCAAUAACAUGUUUUAAUUUUUUUGUUUUAUACUUUUUUUAAGCAUCAAUUUUUCCAUUCUAGUUUAAGUUAAUACUUAAAUUUGGAUGAUUAUGUUAGCUGACAGCGGUACUGAUAUUUCCUUUUGUUGUUAGUGACUAGUAAUUGAAUGCAAUUUAGAGUAUAUACACACAUAGCUUUAAGAAAUUUAGCCUAAAGGCACUACUAAUGGUAGAAUGCUUUAAUACGUGCUAGAGUAUUAUAUUUAGUAAUAAACAUACAUAAUUAGCCAAUAUCACAGCUUAAAAAAAAUAAAGACAGAAUCACACAUUUUUCUAUAGUAAGAUUUCAUAAUUGCCAUUAGAGGUAUGGUGAGAUAAGUAUUAAAAAUUUUUAAAUGUCAGUUGCCCAGUAAUGGGUAAUUAAAAAGAAAGUAUAGUUUUUAAAAGGAAAAGGGAAGGGUAUAGAGGGUCAAAAAUAGGUCACUUGUAUAAAACGUUGUAGUUUAAUUUAUAUAAAGCUACCAUAAUGAAAGAAAAAACCCUAACUGCAGUUGGAGCUUGUUUCAAAUGACUGUACACUAGAUCUUGCCAUCCAUCAGUGUCGUACACUAAGUCCACUUACAAUGAAGUAAACCUCUAUAGUGCUUCUUUUUAACUCUCUCUCCCAAAUAUCUUAUUUACAGAUGUUUUCAUUUGUAUAUAGUAAACACACAGCUAUAAGACAUCAGCUUGUUUUGAAUUUACAUGCCAUGCAGUUCAGCAUUUACAUCCUACAGUGUAUGGGUGGCAUAAACUGAGCAACUGAAGUAGCCCCUGAUCAUCUUGUUAACAGCUAUGUUGUGCACCAGAACUACCAGGAUCUCCCUUUUCACCACUUCUAUCUCUUACAGCAUCUGACUCCUUCCUAAAGAAGAAUAAUGUUUUAUUUCAACCCAGAGACGAGAUCCCCUGCUUGUCUGAAACAUCCUGUUUACAUAUAGAGAUGCACGUAGUUAUCUGUAGGGGGUGAAACUGUGCCUGACAUUGUCUGUGAGUUGUCAUGUUUUUUGUUUAGGGGUUUUGUAAACACUCUUCUGAGUCUUUCAAAUACAUCCAAUAGCUGCAAUAAAAAUGAUUUGUUCAAACAAUGUAUUCUGAAACUGCAUCCACAAUAAAUGGAAUAUUUCCAUCAGCA